AUUUGUCAUUUCUCAUUCCACCGACACUUCUUGUCGCAUGGAUUUAUCGGGUCGACGUCGCGGACAGUUUGACUGCCACGUCCCCUGAAACUCAUUCGAUGCGCCGGUGAACCCAGAUAUCGUGCGGGAGGGCUCAGUUAAUGGUCGACGUCGGGAAGAGCUGUCAUUGUGGGGCCAUUGCAAUUGGCAAGUGAACUGAGCGCCCGUCCACCAUAUUGUUAUUUCCAAUUUUCCGUGGCGACGCCAUAGUAGUUGACGCCAUACUUGAGCGGCAGCGGUUACGCGCCUUCGCCCGCGGAGCCGGCAACGAUGAGCGGCCAGGAUAUUAUGUGCGAGGUGGAGAUCUCCGACUCGAACAUCGUAGAGGUGGUCGAGGCGGACUUCAAUGAGAUCGGCGUGAGUUACGAGGACUACGAGCAGUACGAGGAAGUAACAUGUCAGACGGAGGAUAGCCAGGAGAUGCUGAUGCAGCAGAUGGAGGACGAAGAGAUCGUUGGGGAGUUGCAGGGCCACGAGGAAGUGAUCGACCCAGCUGAGCUUGUCUACGGCGAUGUUGCCAGUCUCAGUAAUGACAUCUUCGUCGAGACUUCCUCGCCCGGGCCGUCGACGGCGCCUUCCCUCACGGCGGCGCGCGUUCGGCGACGUCCUGUAAAGAUGGAGGACAACGCUUCUCUCUCCGCCAUUCAGAGUUCUGAUCAUGGAGAGCACGCUGGAGCGCCGAUGAGCAGCGCAAAGGCGCGUCGAUGGGUGCAGAAGCAAGUGCAGAUCAAGACGAUGGACGGGGAGUUCAGCGUGACAAUGUGGGCGUCCGGAGCGUCUGACACAGACGAGGACUCUGCACCGGAACCCGAUCCUGACUAUAUUGGCUAUAUGAUGGACAAGAAGGUGAGCAGUGGCCAGGAAAGCGUUCCCGGUCUCGAUCUCUCUGAUCCCAAACAAUUGGCGGAGUUUGCUCGACCCGGUCACAAGAUGAAGAUGAAGAAGUCAACACAGAACUCUCAAGACUCCUCAGAUCGCACCAUAGCGUGUCCGCACAGGGAUUGCAGCAAGAUGUUCAGGGACAACAGCGCCAUGCGAAAGCAUUUGCAUACACACGGACCGCGGGUUCAUGUCUGUGCGGAAUGCGGCAAAGCCUUCGUGGAGAGCAGCAAGCUGAAGCGCCAUCAACUUGUGCACACCGGCGAAAAGCCAUUUCAAUGCUCCUUCGAUGGCUGUGGCAAGCGCUUCUCUCUGGACUUCAAUCUGAGGACACACGUUCGCAUUCACACGGGCGAUCGUCCUUACGUAUGUCCUUUCGACGGAUGUAACAAGAAGUUCGCCCAAUCGACUAAUCUGAAAUCACACAUAUUGACACACGCUAAAGCCAAAUCUCGCAAAGGAAGCUAUAAUAUGUCUAUCUGCAAUCCAGAGAUUCACUGAAAUGCUUCAAAAUCCUCCAGGAAGAGAUUGUCACACAAAUGAGGGUUUUUCAUGCGUCUUGAAGUGUUAAAAUGGUUAAUAUGAUUUUUUUUUCGACAAAUCACAAAUCCUCAUUUGGACAUUUUGUUCUCAGAACUAAUUAUAAAUACAAACAUUGCAGAUGUAUCAUUUUCCGCCAUAGAA